UUCUGGGGACAGACACUGAACAGAAAUCACUUUCUAAUCAUGCAAACUUCUUAGAAUUGAAGCUCAAUGUUGAAUUCAUUUCAAACCACAAAAUUAGCAUGUCAUCAAAUUCAGUAUAUAUAGAGCUACAAAAGAAGAUAGACCAUCAUCUACCCAGCUUCACCUUCACUUCCUAUCCUCCACUUUGGAAAAAGGACGUGGUAGCCAUGAAGGUCCUUGUCCUUGCCUGCCUUGUGGCUCUUGCUCUUGCAAGGGAGAACGAAGAACUUGUUGUGUCCACUGAGACUUCAAGCAGUGAGGAGAAGCUUGAGAAGGUUAAGCAUGAGGAACAGAUGGAAAGACAGAUUCUUCUUCUUUUUUUUCAGGAUAAAAGCCAAGAAAAAAUCCACCCCAUUGCCCAGCCACAACUUCCUUAUGCUCAGCUCAUGCCUUACACCCUCCUUCCCCAGAACGUCCUGACUCUCUCUCAGCUGCCUAUGAUGCUGUCUCUCCUUCAGCCUGAGAUAGCGGAAAUCCCCAAAACUAAAGAGACCAUUCUUUCUAAGCUUAAGCUCAUGCCCCUCCUGAAAUCACCAACAGAGCUAACCCCAUUUGUCCCUCAAAUCCCACAUCUCACUGACCUCCAAAACCAGCACCUCCUUCUGCCUCAGCUUCAGCCUGUGGUGCCCCAGAUCCCCCAGAUCCCCCAGAUCCCCCAGGUCCCCCAGAUCCCCCAGGUUCCUCAGGCUUUUCCUCAGAUUCCCAUAGUUCUUCCUCAGCCCCAGGCGCCUAUCCCUCAAUCCAAAAUCACACCUGUUCCCCAGCAAGUAGUGCCCUUUCCCCAGAGAGACAUGCCUGUCCAAGCCUUUCUGGAAUACCAAGAUCUUCUGUUCCAGCCUACUCACCCACUCUACCCUGUGACUAACCCACUUGUCCCAGUUUCCAACCCUGUUACUGUCUAAGAAGAUUUCAAAGUUAGCAGCUCCUCAUUUUUUUCAAUUGACUGAGACUGGAAAUAAGACAUCUUUUCUUUGAAUCAUGUUACCAAAUAUUACAUAUUUUGGAAUGCAACUACCUGGAAAAAAUAAAACUGUAUUCUUUUUAUUUUAUGCAUUUUAUGUCAUUGGUUUAGUUUGAAUUAGACUCAUGAACUCGUUGCAAUUUCCAAAUUGUAAGUUCAAUAUUGAAUUGGAAAUACUCUAAACAUGUCAAAAAUGUAUAUAAGAAUAGUUUCUGGGAUUGGAUUUACCAAUAUUUCUUCAAGAUAACAUACAAUAAAUUGUUUCCUUAAAUAAAUUAAUUUGAAACACA